AUGUCGAAGAACCUGAAAGGCACUGAACAUUCAGUGGUAGUGUUUGACAUUUUGGAGCCGCAAGGUAAAGGGCAGAUCUACAGUAACCCUUGGAUGAAUUGCACUAGCAUGGGGGAAUCGUUGGACAUGGGAUUUCAACCAGCUGGCGAGUUAGAUCCCCGCCAUGCACAUGACACCAUGAACAGCUCUUCAAACAUGGCAGUCAUUUGUCCAGCCAGUACCUCAGGGAUUGAUAUGUCCAUCGAAAACAACCCUCUCGACAUGGGUUUCAGUUCACUUCUGGCAGAAGAUGAGCAUGUGGUCCAGAGGCCUUUGGACAUGGGCUUUUGCAGAGAUCCGGUGCAUGAUGUUCCGGCUGGGUCAUUGGAUAUGCAACUGUGGACAUUGAACCAGAUGAUCGCCCUUUGGAUAUGGGAUUCAACACACUCCAACCGGAUGGGCACCCUUUGGACAUGGGAUUCAACACACUCCAACCAGAUGGGCACCCUUUGGAUAUGGGAUUCAACACACUCCAACCGGACGCUAGGCCCUUGGAUCCGGCAUCCUUUGGAUAUGGGAUUCAACACACUUCAACCGGACAAUGGCCCCUUGGAUCCAGGAUUCAAUGCAAUCCAACUGGAUGAGCACCCUUUGGAUAUGGAUUCAGUGCACUCCAUCUGGUACAUCUGGAUCAGUCAAUGCCUUAACUUGUUGAUUGUGAAUCCAGUGGAUAUUCAACUUGAUCAGAAGCCUCUGGACAUGGGUUUUGGGACAGCUGCACUGGAUCCGGUACAUGGUCUUGCCGAUGGUGAACCAGAACCCAUUGGAUUUGUGAUUCAGCGCGCAGUAGGCGAUUUGCGUUUGGCGAUACACUGGUUGGAGAUGGACCAGGCCCACAGUAUAAUGUCACCAGAAGAAGCAUCUGUCAGCCAGGAAGUUCUUCAGUCUGCCCAUGAGUUAUUGCUAGCAUUUCAACUUAUAUCAAUAUACCGACUGUCAACAUGA